AUGGACCCUUCGCAAGCAGCGUCGAGCAAUGUAACAGUUGAAUACACGGAUCCCUCGGGCCUGUUUCCGCUUAUCCAACCUGUGAUCGAAGCAAAGCUUCCCCUCAAGAAUCUCCAUUGGAAAUCACCAACCCGCCCGGUGCGGUCGAUCGAGUCGCUCCGCAUCGGUUUCACACCUGCACAAGAACCAGACGAACGGAAGGUUUCAAACGAUGCUGCCUCCGGCGCAGUCGCUCACCGUCGGCAUCAGAUCCCUGGCCUACGCCAGACUCCAUACCUGAAAGUCUACCUCCUUCGAUGCGACGAUAACGAGACCUACAAAUCGACAGCACGGAAGAACCUCCGUGAUUGGAUUAAGGCCAACUCGUGUUCGCAGAGCUCGCAAAGCUCGCAGCCUGCCACAACUAGCCAGGAAAAACACGAUGCUUCCGAGUGGCUCAUUCUGCACGUGGUACCUGACAGUGACAGCGCAGAGAGGUCGCCCGCACCUACUUCGAAAUGGGGUCGCGGGUCAACAACGGUGCUGGAAAAGGUGAAGGCUGACUUCAACGGGUCGUCCAAGACCGCCGUGGAUCAUGUGGCCCAGUUGCGACUUCCAAAGUCAGGGACCAAGUCCCCUGAGCUGGCGGAGCAAUUGGAAGACUUGAUCGAUAAGAUGAAGAACGGAAUCCUAGCAUCUUUUGAUCUACGUGUAGCGCAAUACGAGGAGGAUAUCAAGGAAAAAGACUCCCAGCGCAGUCUGCCUGGGUGGAACUUCUGUACGUUCUUCAUCCUCAAGGAAGGUCUUGCACGAGGCUUCGAGAACGUAGGCCUGUUUGAAGAUGCGCUAGCUGGCUACGACGAGCUAGCUGUUGGAUUGGACGCAGCCAUUCGAGAUCAACUUGAUGGAAGUGGCGACCAACAUGGAGGUGCGCUGCUGAUCACCAGCAAGACUUGGGCUGAGAUGGCCAAGAAGGCUUUGGGUGGCAGUGGUUUCGAUGAUACCAGCGAUGCUGCUUUGUUUUCAGAGCUUCAACCAGAAGAUUUUCCAUUCAACUCUAACAAGAUGUCAUAUCGUGAGAUGAUCCUGGCCAGUGACAUCUCCAUCUUCGACUUCCGCACAUACAUCUUCUCCCGUCAAUUGAUGUUAUUGCUUCGAGCUGCAAGAGCCCCAUCAAUAGUUGGAGGUGAACCUUCGACGGAUGCGAAGGGGACGAAGUCGAGCAAGAAACCCGAGGAUCUCAUGUUGUUGUCCGAAAUCUGCGGAAGGGCAACGGAAACCAUCGGCCUAGCCGCCCGUACCCUGCGUUAUGAUCUUCAGUGCAGUCUAACAGAUGUGACCAACGAUGAGAAGACAGAUGUCAUCAACAACAUGGUCUCAACGUGGGCAUUUGCAGCUGCAUUCCAAAUUUUGAGCCAAACCUCUACUCCCACGCUCAUGCUCCCCGAAUCCUCUCUCCAUGCGGUAGCAGAAACAAGCGAGGCAUCUGCUGCUACCAAGACAGAUACCAAGCCCGCUGAUGUUCCUCGGCGCACCAGCUCGUUAAUCUCUAAUCCUCGUGCCAGUCGACCAGUGACCCAGGAUAUCUCCGAUAGUGUGGGCUUGCUUCAACGACGCUCAACGAUGGAUCACCCUAAACCUGUGCCAAUUCCGACGCAGAAGACCGGCUCUGAACAAUUGGCGUCUGGACGGGCCGAACUCCUCCUUCUUGCUCGACGGUCCUUGGAAGAAAUCGCUCAAAGGCGUGGCUGGGCUGAAAAGUGGGACGAUCUUGGUCUGCUCUUUGAUGAUCGACAUCGCACCGGAGCAAGUGGCAUGGCGGAAAUCUCAUUGGAAGCCGAUGAUACCAAAAACUCACAACUUGAUUCCAAGAGCAAGCAAUCUUCCCUUGUGGGUAUUGACCUUGCUGGUCUCAAGGUCGCACUAGAGUCCAAGGAGGCAUUCCUUUUCCUCUAUGAAGAUCUCACAGAUCGUUUGAUUCGCCAUCAUAUGGCAGCCAACCGUGUCAACUCUGCCGAGCAGGCUCUUGCUGAAAUUGCCAUUCUACGCUACCGGCAGAAAAAAUAUGAGACCGCUGCUUCUUAUUUCCACCGAAUGGCACCAUUCUACGGGACCCGGAAUUGGGUCAUCCUGGAAGGAAGCAUGUUAGAAUUGCAUGCGCGUUGCUUGAAGGAGCUCCAGCGCAACGAAGAUUACGUUCGCAUGAUGAUACGUUUGCUUUCGAAGUUUGCUACAUAUGCGCAGGCGCAAUUGUCAAUCAGACAGAAAGCCGUGGCUAGUUCCAUUCCUUCUACAGAGCAAGAGAUUCUGGAUGUACAUGUUAGCGAUUUGUUCACAGCGUCUGGUGCUCUUCAGAAAGAAGUCCCAGCUUCUUUGUCAGACUUCUUCGCUGAUCUUAAUGUCAAUCCUGCUAUACGAUUGUAUGACAGCCAGGAUGGCUUCCAGGUGGAACUGUCCCUACGGUUCCUCCUGGGCCAGCAAAUUGAGAUUGACAACCUCAAGCUUCGGUUGGUUGGUGCAAACACCUCUCAAAACUCCGAGCAUUGGAUCGAGACGGGAGAUAAGUUUGUGGUCAAGUCAUCAUCAACCAAAAUCUUGAUUGAUUCUUCGACCACACUUCAAGGCAAAUAUUUUGUUGACCGCAUUGAAAUGAGAGCAGGGAAUCUUGUCUUCAACUUCAACAGCGGGCAGGACUCGUCACUUCCAGUCGGUUUCAGGGAAACAGAGGAUACCGAUGAAGUAGAUGCACGGCCCUACAUAUACUGCUACCCUCCGGCGGAUGGCCUACAGGCGAAGAUUGUAUCGCCCCAUCUAAUUGACUUACAAGCCAUGCGAACGCUGGAGCUUGAAAUUGACAGUGGGCGCAACGAAAUUAAGAGCGGUACGAUCCGCGUCAGGCCAGCAACUGCAGGUCUACGCCUUCGCCUCGCAGAAACCAAGGUCGUGGAUGGACAGCUCGAGAUUGAUGCCAAUCACGAAUCUGGUGUCAUUGAGUUCACUCAUCUAGCGGCUCGGUCGUUUGUGCGGUUGCGGAUACCCUACACUGUGGAGGAGGCAUUUGCGACUUUAUCGGCCCGAGCAGAAAUCGGGUAUGAGACCGAGAACGGAAAAUUCGCUUCAUCGGCGCCCUCAAGUGUCAUGGCGGCGCUCCCGAUAUCGGUAAAUGUGCAGGACAUCUUCAAGGAUGAACUGCUCUUCUCGCGUUUCACGAUCAGCCCUGCUAUGCUGAUUCCACUCCGUAUCACACACUGCAGCCUUCCCGGCUCUGGUACAUACGACGUACAAUCCAACAUCACUGGCCCUGUUGCCCUGGAUGUCUUCCCGAAACAACCUGCGUCCUUGCUCUACAAAAUUCGUCCGACUGAAAACAAUACAACCGAAGCAACUCCACGGAGUCUACGGUUGAGUGUCGACUUCACCUGUGUGGAUGACGAAUGUCUCGAUGCAGUCGAGAAGCAGUUCGGUGCCUCCGUCGACUCCAGCCCCUUCCGCCAAUAUGCAGCCUUACUCACAUCGCACCUUGUCAGUAGCUUCCGUGCGCAGCUGUCCACAAAUGACAUGGAGGCUAUCGGAUUAAUCCGGGAAGUCAACAUGCUACCUUAUCAAAGCGUCCGUUGGGACGAUUUGCUGGGUGCCUUGGAAGAACCAUCCGAGCAUGUGCAAAAGUGGCUCCAGGAGUGGCACAAGAAUAACCCCGUCGUUCAACUUCCCACCCAGCCCACCAUCCCAUCCCGCCGCAUCAUCAUCCCGGUGGAUGUGCCCGAAAUCCAAGUCGUGCACACCGCCGAGCUGCAGCUCCAACCCAACACGGAAUCGACCCACGCUGCUGUAGGCCAAAUAAUAACCGCCGAGCUGUGUCUCCGCCACACCCGCCGCUGGUGCUCCCCUGCAACCCGCGAAAACGGCGACCAGCCGCUGGAAUGCUCGUAUGAAAUUCACGCCAACCCCGACUUAUGGCAAAUCGGUGGUAGGCGACGGGGUAACUUCCUCGCGAAGGAUGGUGAAGUGACUCGCUUCACCGUGCUUCUUCUGCCCCAGAAGCCUGGCCAUCUACUGCUCCCAGGCCUGGAGAUCCGCACGUUCUUCCCGUCGACACCUCAGCUCCCGGCCGAUCCCCCUACUGCCCCGCCCCGUCGAUCCAUCCCCUGUGAAGUUGACUACCGGAACCACAGCGAAACGGUCCUUGUUCUCCCUGACCUGCGGAAGACUACCGUUACGCUGAGUGCUUCUGGUGGUCAUGCUGGCGGGGGUUCGUGGUUGAUUGAUUCGGAGCGGAGGGUAGAGGAAGUUCGUUGA